AUGAGGACUACAUUGGCGGCAUUUUUACUGAUAGUAUACCAAGUCUUAGCCAAUAGCCAGGUUUUGUUUGAUAAUGAUAAUAAUCUAUAUGUCUUAGGUGUGAAUGAUAAAGACUUCAGCGCAGGCACUAAGAAAGAAUGGAAUUCGAGCAAGUCAUUUAGCAAGCUCAAUAAAGGCGAUAAGCCAUCUUUCGAUACCACAGCACCAAAUUGUUGGUUAUCACAAUACAACAAUGGUGGAUAUUGUUUAAAUGUCGACAAUUCGAACAAAAAUAGUAUUUAUAUCUUAGAUUUCAGCAACAAGGAGUGGAAAAAGUAUGAUAUGGAGGGUGAUUUACCUGAUUUUGAUAAGUUGAAAGCAGUCUUAGAUCAUGAUACAAAUGUCUGGUAUGGUGUAUCUGAUAAAAAUCUCUAUAGUUUAGAGAUGGGCGAAGAUUUACUGCCAGAUGACACCUUGACCUGGAAGAAAGUCCAAGAAGUACCAUUCGAUAUUGACGACAAUGUAGUUAUUGGAUUGGCUUCAAAUCACUUGCAUUUUAUAAAUGGUGGCGGUUUAGAUAAAGGUGAAGCUGAAUUGUUCGUCAUUCACUACAGUUAUUUCCAACCGGAGGAGCAAAAAUACGGUGACUUUGAGCAAUCGAAGGGACAGGCCGUAUCUGUAUUCAAGGAAUCAAAAGAGUGGCAAACUAAAUUCUGGUUUUUGCCUGAAAAUUUGGAAAACAGUUAUCUAAUUGACGUAGAUAAAAACACGACUGAAACAUAUGAAGGACCUUCCAACAAAGAUGCAAAUUCAGCAUUCACCUCUAAUGACCAAACUCUAGUUCAGCUUACAUCUGCCAAUCAGCUGUAUUAUCUAGACUUUUCAAGUGGAAACUCGGCAGAGUGGAAACAGAUAGAGAACACUGCACUACCAUUACCAACUAACACUAAUGAAGAGAAAGAGACGUCUAAUAGCAAGACAACUAAUAUUAAUUACGCUUUAAUUUUUCUGAAGUCUUUAUUCGAUAUUUUGACCCAUUUACAGUCUUUCAAUGAGUUCACUUCAACUAAGAUUCCUGGUAGAGUUUCUAGCUCAGGGUAUCCUUUCAAACCGAUAGAGAAUCUAGAGCAACCACCAUCACCCGCUUUGAAUUACUUGUUCAACCAGCUAGCGCUCUCCUUACCGGGCUUCAACACUAUUUCGCCGGAGUUAUGGCAGGAGGGUGCACAGGGUCUACUAGAGAGACUAGCUGCACAGGACUUGUCAGAUAGUUUUGACAAAGGAUUGUUAGGCAAGCGUAAGAUUCUCGGGCAGGGCAUAAUUGUCAUCGCCGAAUUCGCGUUGAGAGGUGUCCUAGGCGGUUUACCAAAGAGAAAGCAAUCAACAUACCCUAAAGAUGCGCGUGAAUGUCAUUACGACUUGGAAAAUCCAAUUGAUGUGCAAAAUGGUUGGAAUGACUUCUUACAAGGUCUAGUUUACAAGGACUAUGUUCGUGAUGUCGUCAAUUACGUCGAAACGACCAGUAAUUUGGAGGAUUUACCUCUAUUAUACCAAGCCGCCCACACUUUUGCUUCCGCGACUCUCGCCAGUUUCUUACAUUACUUGUUCACCCGUUCGCCAUGCGCUCAGUCAACGGUUUUACUUAUAUCUAGAGUGCACAACUUAUUACCAUACUCUCUCGUUGGUGUGUCGACUCAAGUCGCUAACGCUGCAACUAUGAUAUCAGGUGUUCUCAAGAUCUUCUUAUCACGUAACCCAUUGGGUUAUGUAGGUAUUGGAAAUGGUAACAAUUUGUUACAAACUAUUAUUACAUCGGUUUUAGGUAAAGAUAAGUCAAACCUUCAGAAGCAAUGGCAGAGUGUUGAAAAAAGGGAAGCCGAAAGUGGGGCUACUGACCAGCAAAAGAUAGCAAUACAGAAAUACGUUGACGACGCAUCACGAGAAGAUAGAAUAGAUAUACGUAACGAGAGUAUAGAGAAGAACCAAUCGAUCAUCAUUACGAUAUUAGAAAGAAACGACGUAGAAGCACCUAUAUCCGAGGAAGCUCAUUCAACACUCCUCACACAGUUGACUUUACAGUUAGCGAUUCGCGACAGAUACCGACUGAUUGACGCCUUAGUACAUACAAAACCUGAUCUAGUUUCUUUAUGCGUCACUGAAGCAAUGAAUGCGUUCGAACCACUGAUACGCAAGCUUCACAAAUCUGUCAAUCUUAAAGAAACUUUAGAUGAUUUACAAAUCUUCAUUGAUGAUUUGGUUAAAAUCGCUCAAGAUAAAGCCGGUCCGCGUAGUUAUAUUGCAUUGUUUGAUAAACAUCAGAAAAAUUUACACAAAUUCCUUCACAAUUUAGUAAAGAACGCACCAGAGAUGAAAGAAAUGUAUCUUGAAUGGUACCUCCAUAGUUUGAAACAGUAUCGUACGGAGUCAGAAGAAGAAAAUCAAGAGGAUUGCGCUGGAGCUGGAGAUUUCUCACCAGUUCUUCAAGAACUGUUUGACAAAUUAGAUGAAAAUACUCAAAAAGAAGUAGUCAAAGAGCUCGAUGAGCAUGUCAAAUAUCAAGAAAAUGUUUCUGAAUCUUCUAGACAAAAAUUGGUAGAUUUGUUAGACAAAACCCGACCAGAACCAGAUAUUGGACCAGGUGUAUUCAUAGCGGUAUGGCAGGACAUGAUCGAUAAGAACCCUAUAACGCCUGUAACAAUGCAUGGGACAGUCCGUCACGGAGCUGACAAGGGUGUACUGCAAGCAUCCAAUGUUGGUAUCGAGAACCAAGAGGAAAUCGAGCAAGACAUCAUGACAUCAAAUAGUAAAGCUCGUGCAGCGCCACUUUACGGUGAAGGAACGAUACGACCAGACUGUAGCAAGACGAUCGAAACACUGCAAGAUGAAUUCGACUUAUGCUUACGUCAAAGACAUGGAUUUAAGUAA